ACCAGUUUUAUGAUAUUAUAAUAUAAAAGGUGCGUUAACUAUAAAAGUAGGUAGGUAGGUAUAUAUACAAUAUUAAUUUUUUGAUUUAUUAGAAUGUACGUAGGCGUAGAAUUCUCAGACGCAGGGGAAGGAAUUGCGGUAAUUUGUAACACAUGGUUAACUCCUUUAAAGCAGCAGUGUUGGUGGCCGCCCCAUAAAAAACUCGAACGUUACAAUAAGGCGUUAAAGCACGUUGAACAACCAAGCGAUGAUUGGGAGUUAUACAAUAUAAAAAAGCGUUUAUUUGAAACAGAUGAUCUUCAAAAGGCAUCCAUAAAACUAAAGAAGGCUGAAACUACUUCCGAUGUACAAUCAGAGCAAGAGGCUACAAACCCAAAACCAAUAAAAAGAAUUCGAACACUUCCUUCAAGAUACCAGAAUUACGAAUCAUCUGAUGAAGAGCAAAUUCCAUCGAAAUUUCCUAGACCAGCAGCGAUUAAAAAACUAAUUGGAAAUCAAACAGUAGGUUCGGAAGUUCAUGUGGUUCAAUCCCCUCCUUUUACUCCAAAUUCGCCAUCGAUGCAAGUUGAUACUGACAAUUUAGAUUUAGAAAUUUCUACCCCAACAACAUCCUCAAGACCAACAAUACUAUCGUCUUCGUACAACAAUGAGGAAGAGAAACGGUUCCGUUCAAAAUUAUUUACAAUGCUUCAUCUUAUAAAGGAACAAAACAAUAAAAUUAUCGACUGGAUUGAAAACCAAAACCCUUCACAUUCGACUACAGUUGAAGAAAUUACCACCAAGUUUCCUGUAAACUUUCCUUUAGCCGACGUAGAUUCUGUUUCAAUAUUAGACGAAUAUUUGAAGAACGAGAAACACUUUACUAAUUUGGUUACAUAUCUUUCAUCUUUUGGAGGUAAAGGUAUUACCCAAAAGACUAAUCUAAUCCUGAAGCGUUGCAUUAGUAAUCCAUUAGCCACAGAAUAUAAUUUUUGUGGCAAGAGAGCAGGAAAACACCCUUUUUUUGAAUUGAACUUGAAAAAUGCUAUUGUUGCUACAGUGAGACGAUCUACAGAUUGUACCGAGAGGGAAAUUGAAGAUAUAAUUAAGUGCUGGUUAAAACACGCUCCGCAGCGCCAAAAGUUACAAAAUUUAAAAAAUAAUGCCUAAGCAUUCUGUUUCGAAGAGGCAAAUGUAUCGCAGAGUGGCAACAGCUGUCCAACACACAUUAUUAGAUCUUUCAAUAGUUUUCCAAGCUGUUCUUUUGAAAUUAAUUAUGGUUCCAAUAAUAACUCUGACGAAAAUUCUGAUUCUGAUUCAAUCUCUGAUUCCGAAAAUGUAAAUUCUGAUUCUGAAGGUAAGAGCCAUGUAUUUAAUGACAAUGUUAAUAUAUAAAAAUACUAGGAAAAAUCAGAAACUCCCAAACAUAAUGCACUUGCCAAUAGUUUAAGAGAAUGGGGAUUAAAAUUUAAAGUUUCACAUUCGGCAUUCACAGAUCUAUUGCAUAUAUUACAUGAUUCCCAUCCCUACUUACCACUUGAUUGUAGAACUUUGUUAAAUACACCAUCAAGUUGCGCUACAAAACAACUGGAUAGUGGAGAAAUGGUUUAUCUGGGUAUAUCUCCUAAUUUACAAAGAAUUCUGUCUCCUCUUAUUUCUACAUCACCAAACUUGAUUAAUAUUAAAUUAGCGUUCAAUGUUGACGGCCUGCCACUAUUUAAAAGUUCCAAUGUAAAUAUUUGGCCAAUAUUAUGUCAGAUUAAAUCUAUUACCGUAGAACCCUUUGUUGUUGCCAUAUUUAGUGGCUCUGGGAAGCCUGUGCCAUUAAGUACAUAUCUGGAAGACUUUGUUGAAGAGUUGAAGGUUUUAAUACAUAAUGGUAUAGAGAUAAAUGGAAUUACAAUAUCAAUUUCAAUUUAUGCUUUUGUAUGUGAUGCUCCAGCACGAUCUUAUUUAAAAGGAAUUAAAUCUCACAGUGGUUAUUCAUCAUGCGAGAGAUGUAUUGAAACUGGAGAUUAUUUGAAUGGGAGAGUAAUAUUUAAAAAAGUUCAUAGUACAAAGAGAACAGACCAUACAUUUACUUUACAGUCAGAUGAAUCUCACCACUUAUAUGACUCUCCACUGGUACAAGUGCCUGGUUUAGGACUGGUGUCGCAUUUUGCUAUAGAUUACAUGCAUAAUGUUUGCCUGGGAAUUAUGAGGAAACUCUUAAACAUUUGGAUAUCGGGUGCACUACAUGUCAGAUUAGGAAAUCAAAUUGUAAAAAAAAUUUCAGAUGAUAUUUUGUUGUUGAGUGAUUAUAUCCCAUUAGAAUUCAAUAGGAAAGGACGAUCAUUGCAAGAUUUGCAGAGAUGGAAAGCAACAGAGUUCAGAACAUUUCUGUUAUAUGUAUCACCUAUUGUUUUAAGAGAUAAACUUGAUGUUGCCAUGUACGAACAUUUUAUGCUUUUCCAUGUUGGAAUUACCAUUUUAGUAUCUUCAAGUCAUAUAAACAAUAUUGGUGCCAAUCGCGCUGGCAUAUAUUUAAAUGAAUUUGCCAAUCAUAGUCCUAAUAUAUAUGGUUGGGAGUUUCUGAUUUAUAAUGUCCAUAUGCUUUGUCAUUUACAUGAAGAUUGUAGUAAAUAUGGCCCACUAGAUGAAUUUUCGGCUUUCCCUUAUGAAAAUUUUUUAGGAAAACUUAAAUACUUCGUAAAAUCGCCUAAAAAACCAUUGCAACAAUUAUGUCGUAGGAUACAAGAAUUGCAGUUUCUUUCAAAUUCUUUUAAGAACAAUGAUCAGGUAGUGCCUACAUUAGAACAUAUUGGAAUCCUUCCUAUAAUAUAUAGAGGUAGAAUAGAUAUAAAGCAUUUUAAAAAAGUUGUAUAUAAUAAGUGUACUUUUAUUAUUUACCCAGUUUCUUCUUAUAACUCAUACUGCAUUACUAAAAAAAAAGGUAUUUGAAAUACAUAAUAUCAUUAAAGAUGGUAACAUAUACCUUGUAGGCAAAUCAUUUUCACAUUAUGAAUCAUUUUUUGACUAUCCUUUAUCAUCUGAAGAUCUGUGCAUUUAUGCUGUAUCU